UGCAUUUUUUUUUUACACGUGCUUCCUGUACAGUCUAUCUUGGUUUCUAGUUUGUAUUAGCUGAAUCUUUAUUAGGGAAAUGGUUCGUAAAUUGAAAUAUCAUGAGCAGAAGCUUUUGAAGAAAGUCGAUUUCAUUAACUGGGAAGUAGACAACAACCUACAUGAGGUGAAAGUAUUGCGAAAGUAUCAUAUCGAGAAGAGAGAAGAUUACACAAAGUACAACAAGUUGAGUCGUAAUAUCAGAGAGCUUGCCCAGAAGAUCCGUGAUCUAGAUGAGAAGGAUGGGUUCAGAGCCCAUAGUACAUCUUUGCUGUUGGAGAAAUUAUAUGGCACCGGCCUGAUCCCAACCAAACAGAACCUGGCUCUCACAGAGAAGGUUACAGCUUCUUCGUUCUGCAGGAGGCGGCUGCCCACCAUAAUGGUAAGCCUACGUAUGGCCCAGAACCUAAAGACCGCCAUCACAUUUAUUGAGCAGGGACAUGUGCGAGUAGGACCAGAGAUUGUCACAGACUCGGCCUUCCUUGUCACAAGAAAUAUGGAAGACUUUGUUACUUGGGUUGACUCUUCCAAGAUCAAACAGCAUGUCAUGAACUACAACGAAGAGAGGGAUGACUUUGAUCUUGUGGUGUAGACCUGUUAACCAGCGGCUCAUUCAUCAUCAUGGAGAGUGGAGGAAUGUGAAGAAGCUUGUAUGUUCAAGUAUGAACAGCUUUGGAUUUUUGAGAGUUGGUUUAGGGGGUUUGGGAAUGAAUAUCACAGAAAUAUUCAGAUUGCAUACAGUUAUGUAUAUAUGGUACAAAUCUGGAAAAGAAUGAAGUGGUUGAAUAUAUAAUUUAAUUGUCAACAGUUACAUUUUAUGUAAAUUUUGUAAACAAUAAACUUUUUGGUAUAAGAAA